AUGACGGUGAACUGUACCCUGAAAAAGAUGAACUACGUAUUUCGAAAAAAUGUCAACAGUGCUGUAUGCAAUCAGGGAAUCUUUAGAGAAGUACUUAGGUUAAUGACGCAAUCAGGUGAUGGGAGACUCAAGCGACAUCUGAUGACUUCAUCUGCCCGGGCAACGUACGUGGGGAAGAAUACUCAAAAUGGCCUUAUUAAUUGCAUUGGUGAUGAAAUUCUUGAAAGUAUUUUACAAAAAGUACGUAGCGCAGAGUAUUUUGCAAUAAUGUUCGAUGAAACAACGGACAUAUCACACAAAUCUCAAUUGAGUCUAGUCAUCAGAUACGUUACAAGUGCAGGGCAGGUCCACGAAAGCUUCGUAGGAUUCAUUGACACAUUUGACGACAUUUUAGAAACAGAGAAAAAACAGAAUGAAGCAGAACAGGAUGAUGAACAGGAAGAAGAACGAAGAGAACCUGCAACUGAAACAAAGUUAACAGGGGAAGCAAUAGGGCUUAUCGUUAUACGCAUGCUGCAGAAGCUACGACUGAACCUUGACAAAUGCAUUGGAAUUGCAACAGAUAACUGCUCUGUAAUGGUUUCAGAGUUGAAGGGUGCGGUGCAAGAGAUACAGAAGUAUGCGAGAAACGCCCUUCGCACUCCCUGCUUCAGUCACAAAUUAAACUUGUCCCUUUCGAAGUCAAAUCAAGUUAUCAGCAUUAGAAAUGCCAUCGGAACGAUGAAGAGCUGUGUGACUUUUUUUGAUGACUCUCCUAAGAGAAAUACGGUUUUGAAAACUAAGCUGGGUCAUCAACUGUCAGGUCUUUGCGAGACAAGGUGGAUUGAGCGCCAUGAUGGUGUUCUACAGUACACAGUGGAUUUGUCUAAAGUUAUCGAGUGUCUGGAUGAAAUCAGCGAAUGGGCCGAUACGUCUUCAUCUAGUAUGGCUGUCCAGCUCCGCGCAGCGUUGACAGACCCCUUUUUCCUUGUGGCUGUGUAA